AUGACAUGAAUCUUCUUUCUGCCUGCAGACCCCUUUGCUGAUGCAACAAAGGGUGACGACUUACUCCCGGCGGGGACUGAGGAUUACAUUCAUAUAAGGAUCCAGCAACGAAACGGAAGGAAGACACUGACAACUGUUCAGGGAAUUGCAGAUGAUUAUGACAAGAAGAAACUUGUGAAAGCUUUCAAAAAG